UGGAGCAAGCAUGAGCGUCUGGAAAACACUGCUGUUGCUGAGCGUAAAAAGGGGCGUUUCGGGGCUUGGCAACAUCUCUCUUGGCGGUGCCAGGUGUGUUCAAACCUGUAGCAGACAAACGUCUGCAGAUGCCUCCCAAGUCAGUCAUUAUGGGCUGGAUCUCAACUGAACAAACCGCCAACCGGUGAACGCUGCCGCCCGUCUAUUUUCAGCCUGCCCACAGGUAUGAGGGAUUUCUCACUGACGCACUACAUUUCAGCGACAGACACUCCACCAUCCACUGCCAAGUGAGUGAAAAAUAUUCUCUGUUUACAGUUUAGUUUUGACUACUUGCAUCAGGAGGCUCCUUCAGAGACGAAGCAGAGCGCGGAUAUAGCUCCAGAGUGCCGAUGGAGAGCAUAAAACCUUGAUUGUCUCCUCUUUUUUCCCCCACCAUCUCGCCGCUAUCAACUCUCCUGUUUUACGCACAAGAAGCGCUUGGAAUAUAUUGCAACCAAGGCAACUGUGCGCACACCGGAGCAUAAACCCGUGGGAAGACAGAGCUCGGCGGCACAUCCACGGGUGAAAAUCAGCCUCGUAAAUGUCAAGAAGAUGAAAUUCCCAGCGGGUCGGGAGAAUAACUCAGGAGGGUUUAUUAGGCCGCGUCACUUCGCGCUUAUUUAACAACAGCAAACCGGGGCGACUCCUACCAGUUAGAUCGUUAGUUAUUUGAAAAAGAGGGGGCAACCAUGUCCAGGACACUGAAGAAGAAGAAACACUGGUCCAGUAAAGUGGUGGAGUGCGCCGUGUCAUGGGGAAACCUGGGGGACUUCGGCUCCGUGGUGGAGGUCCUGGGAGGAGCAGAGCUGGGACAGUUCCCCUACCUGGGUCAGAUGAAACUGGACGUGCUGGUGUGUCACGUCGGGAAGCUGCCCUACUACGGGGACGUGCUGCUGGAGGUGAACGGGACGCCGGUCAGUGGACUUACAAACCGUGACACUCUGGCUGUCAUCCGCCACUUUCGGGAGCCGAUUCGCUUGAAGACCGUCAAACCAGGUAAAGUAUUGAACACGGACCUGCGCCACUACCUCAGUCUGCAGUUUCAGAAGGGCUCGCUGGACCACAAGCUUCAACAGAUCAUACGGGACAACCUCUACCUGCGCACCAUCCCCUGCACCACACGACUUCCUCGAGAGGGAGAGGUGCCAGGUGUGGACUACAACUUCAUCAGCGUUGGAGACUUUAGGAUCCUGGAAGAGAGUGGGCUUCUUCUGGAGAGCGGGACCUAUGAUGGUAACUACUAUGGGACCCCAAAGCCUCCGGCAGAGCCCAACCUGGUGCAGCCUGACCUGGUGGAUCAGGUGCUGUUUGAUGAAGACUAUGGUGGCGAGGUCCCCAGGAAACGCACCACCUCGGUCAGCAAGAUGGACAGAAAGGACAGCGCUGUACCCGAGGAGGAGGAUGACGAUGAGAGGCCACCGCUGGUCAACGGAUUGCCCGAGCACAAAGAGGGGGCCGACUGGAGGAAACCAGUGCCCAGCUACACUCAGUCCAGCAGCACCAUGGACUUCCGCACAUGGAGCUCUCUUCCCCGCGAUGACAGCCUGGAGCCUCUGCCUCUCAAUUGGGAGAUGGCUUACACCGAGACCGGCAUGGUCUACUUCAUAGAUCACAACACCAAGACGACCACGUGGUUGGACCCCCGCUUGGCGAAGAAGGCGAAGCCCCCUGAGAAGUGUGAGGAUGGCGAGUUACCUUACGGCUGGGAGGAAAUUGACGAUCCGCAGUACGGCACCUACUACGUUGACCACAUCAACCAAAAAACCCAGUUUGAGAACCCCGUACUGGAGGCAAAGAAGAAGCUGAGCCAGGAGACGGCUGCAAUCCAGCAGGCCACAGUGGCACCUUCUCAAGGUAAGGGAGGCACAUCUGGCUUUACUGCAGACCCCAGCCAGCUGAAGGGGGAGAUGUACCACACAGCACUGAAGAAGAGCUCCCAAGGAUUUGGCUUUACCAUCAUAGGAGGUGACCGCACAGAUGAGUUCCUGCAGGUGAAAAAUGUGCUCAGCGACGGACCCGCUGCCCAUGACAACAAGAUGGCGUCUGGUGAUGUGAUUGUUGAGAUUAAUGGGAUGUGUGUGCUGGGGAAGACCCACCCAGAGGUGGUGCAGAUGUUCCAAUCCAUUCCCAUCAACCAGUACGUGGACAUGGUUCUAUGCCGUGGCUACCCGCUUCCUCCUGAUGUGGAUCUAGACAGCGAUGACCCUCUUCCUCCUCCUCCUCCCCCACCAGCCACCCAGCCCCAGCAGCCUUUGCAUGGAGGAGAGGUGGUGACGGCUGUGCCCCUCAUCAAUGGACAGCCGCUGCUUGUGAAAGGCGACGUUCUGCACGGCUCCUCACAGGAGCUCCACUAUGUCACCACUGAUGCCAGUGGACGGCCUGUUGUGGCCGCCAUGCCAAAUGGUAAGCAGGCAGAGCGGGUGGAAGUGACUGCGGGAAUGCUGCAACCAGAGCUGGUAAGUGUGCCACUGGUCAAGGGACCUGGAGGAUUUGGGUUUGCCAUUGCUGACUGCCCACUUGGCCAGAAGGUGAAGAUGAUCCUAGAUGCCCAGUGGUGCCGCGGCCUGCAGAAAGGAGACGUCAUUAAGGAGAUCAACAGACAAAAUGUCCAGACGCUUAGUCAUGCACAAGUGGUGGACAUCCUGAAAGACUUACCAGUGGGCAGUGAAGUCAACGUGCUGGUGUUGCGAGGAGGUCAAACAUCCCCUAUAAAGAGUCUGAAGCCUAGACAGGAAAUGACGGCCAGUACGGAGACUUUGGAUGGUAUCACAGACUCGGUUCCCCAGGCCCUGCCUUACCACUCCAACACGAGCACACUGCGCUCCGCCGACUCCCCCAAACGAGACGUCACCGAGUUGUACCUGAAGUCCAAAGCCUUGCUGGAGAGCAGACAGCCUCACACCAAAGACAUAGAUGUUUUCCUGAAGAGGGACAUUGAAACAGGCUUUGGCUUCCGUGUGCUGGGAGGAGAAGGUCCACAACAGCCAAAUGUAUUUCCCCAGGUGUACAUUGGGGCUAUUGUGCCCAACGGAGCUGCAGAGAAGGAUGGUCGUCUCAGAGCAGGAGACGAGCUCAUUGGCAUCGAUGGUGUGAUGGUCAAGGGCCGUUCGCACAAGCAAGUCUUGGAUCUGAUGACCAACGCUGCACGUAAUGGUCAAGUUAUGUUGACUGUUCGAAGGAAGGUCAUCUACAGAGAUGCAACAGAGGAAGAGGUUCAGGAAAUGACUCCAGUGCUGGUGAAUGGUUCUCCCAAGCUACCUCGCCUACCGAUGCCCAGCGCCCUGGACCACGAGUCUUUUGACAUAACACUCCACCGUAAAGACACUGAAGGCUUUGGCUUUGUCAUCCUCACAUCCAAGAGCAAACCGCCUCAUGGAGUUAUCCCACACAAAAUUGGACGAAUCAUUGAAGGCAGUCCCACUGACCGCUGUGGCCUGCUGCACGUUGGAGAUCGUAUCUCAGCAGUCAACGGGCGCUCCAUCAUUGAGCUCUCUCACAAUGACAUUGUUCAGCUUAUCAAGGAGGCCGGCAAUGUUGUCACCCUCACUGUGGUUCCUGAGGACGAAUACAAGGGCCCUCCGUCUGGAGCAAGUUCAGCUAAACAGAGUCCAGCUCUUCAACACAGAACCAUGGGGCAGAGGUCAGCAUUACAGGAUGAACGUUAUAACCUGGACCUGGAGGAGAAGACUGAUGGAGUCAACUGGUCUGACCACAAAACUCUUCCUCUUGGUGAACUGGGCACGCUGUGUGUGACUGGACCCAACCAGGGCUGUCUGACAGUGGAGUUAGAGAGAGGUCCUCGAGGCUUCGGCUUCAGUCUGCGAGGCGGCACAGAGUACAACAUGGGCCUGUACAUCCUCAGACUGGCUGAAGAUGGACCUGCUCAGCUGGAUGGAAGAAUCCAUGUUGGAGAUGAGAUAGUGGAGAUUAACGGGGAGCCGGCUCGUGGUAUUUCCCACACACGGGCCAUUGAACUGAUCCAGGCUGGAGGGAACAAAGUGGUGCUGCUGCUGAGACCUGGAGCGGGUUUGGCUCAAGAUGGCAGUAGUACAGCUUCCUCUACUGUGUGCUACUACACUGAGCACCAACACUAACAUCUUCACUGCUUUUACUGCUCUCUUCUCUUUCAUCUUGGUCAACAUGAUCAAAAACUCAUUUCACCUACAAGCUAUUCCUCAGAGGUGUUUUACUCUGACACAUCAUCCCCGUCCUCUCCAUAUCCCACCGGGGCUUCCACCUUUGUUUCCUCUCCCUUCUCC